UGAAUGGGGCACAGUAACAAUGUCACAGAAUUUGUCCUCCUGGGCCUCACUCAGGAUCCCAGUGCACAAAAAGCAUUAUUUGUCAUGUUUUUAAUCAUCUACAUUGCAACAAUGCUGGGCAACCUGCUCAUCAUGGUGACUGUCCUUGCCAGCCCUUCCUUGGGCUCCCCAAUGUACUUCUUCCUUACAUAUCUGUCACUCAUAGAUGCUGUUUAUUCCACUGUCUACUCACCCAAGUUGCUGAUGGACCUGCUCAGCGAUAAGAAGACCAUUUCCUUCUCAGCCUGCAUGAUCCAGCUCUUUAUAGAGCACCUAUUUGCUGCUGCUGAGGUCUUCCUUCUGGUGGCAAUGGCCUAUGACCGCUAUGUGGCCAUCUGUAAGCCUCUGCAUUAUUUGACCAUCAUGAACCGACGUGUUUGCAUCCUUUUCUUGAUAGUGUCUUGGGCUGGAGGUUUUGUACACUCUGUGAUUCAACUUGUGUUUGUGUAUAAUCUCCCCUUCUGUGGCCCCAAUGUCAUGGAUCAUUUCAUGUGUGACAUGUACCCAUUGCUGGAGCUUGCAUGCACUGACACCUACCUAAUUGGCCUCACGGUGGUGGCCAAUGGUGGAGUUAUCUGUACAGUGAUCUUCAUCAUUCUCCUCAUCUCCUAUGGAAUCAUCCUAAAUGCUCUUAAAACUCAUGGUCAGGGAGGGAGGCGCAAGGCCCUUUCUACCUGUGGCUCACAUAUCACCGUGGUUGUCCUCUUUUUUGUUCCCUGUAUUUUUGUUUAUGUUAGACCUGUUUCUACCUUUCCUGCUGACAAAUAUAUCAGUGUGGUUUUUACAGUUAUUACUCCUAUGCUGAAUCCUUUAAUAUACACCCUGAGAAAUUCAGAAAUGAAAAAUGCUAUGAAAAAUCUCUGGUAUCGGAAGUAA